AUGGCGCCGAAAGAAAUUUCUUGUGUUCUUUUCAUCUGUCUCUUUGGUUUGGGAAGUGCUGAAUACUGCACUGAGUCGAGCGAUUGUGUGGUGGAAGGUGAAACCUGUUGUUCGGAUAACGUCUGUAGAGCGAUUUGUUCCUACUGUACGUACAACUUUGAAUGUGGCAGUGGCGAACAGUGUUGCAAUAACGAAUGCAAAUAUUCAUGUGGAUUGAGCGCCGAGGCUAUUACAGGUGUUAUUGUCGGCACAACUUGUGCAUUUUUCUUCGCCAUCAUCAUCGCCAUUGUAUCCUGCUUCUACUGUGCUCGCUGCCCGUGCUACCGCCGCUAUCGUACACCCGGUGUGUUGGUCGUCAGCCGACAGCCUUAUCAACCGUUCGUCUCAACUCAUACACACACGUCAAUAACGCAGCAAGUACAAGCUCCUCCGCCGGUCAACUACAAUCAGCCUCCUCCAGGUUUCAACCAGGCUCCUCCGCCUUACUCAACCCAUCUUCCGCCAUCAAACCAGAAUCCUCCACCGCCAGGACAAACUCAAGCGGGGCCGAUGCCUGCUGCAGUAACCGAGCAAACGAACAGGUUCUAAGUAAAGUAAUAUGUGAGAUAACUUCUCCAAGCGGAACACUGUGCGAUGGAUGCCUGCUUUUGUCAGAGCUGACUAACCGGCCAAGUACUAACCCGUUUAACGAGAUAACUAGCCUCAUGUUAUGAAACAUUUGUGGAUUUUUUCCAAAACUCGGUAAUGUCAAAAUACAACAUGCAUAUUGUCGAGUUUGAAUAAAAAUACUUCAAAUAAUUAUAAUUAUGGUUUCAGUCUAAACUUUUGUAAUAUUGUCAAAAACCUUGUGUCCAAUCUGCAAUUUUUUUACGGUAAAUAUAAUUCACCACCGUUAUCUAGGCAUCUCUUUUUGUUAUUCUGUGUAGUCCAAACUUAAUAAUUCUAUAAUCAAUAAUGGCUUCGUGUCUCACCAAGGACAUUUCAUGUCUCCACUCCGUAAAAUGUUCACGGAUUGCAGCUCAUGCACGCAGGAUUUUUCUUGCGUUUCUUGUUAUCAAAUAGCUUUGGAACUCGUAACGUUUUUGCUUAAAACAAUUUUUGAUUACAUCAUGAUAAUAUAUAUGCAAGAAUUUCACUCUUUUUUCCUGCUAUUUUUAGUCGUGUUUACUUCGUGUAAAGGUUCACUGUCUCGGUCGCUGAUUUCGUUUGUUGCCGGAGUCGUCAGGCUUUUCCCUCAAUCUUAACCUUUAAUUUGCCCCUAAACUGUCCGCCAUUUGAGUUUCUUAUACUUUCGCGAAUCUUUCAUCGAAUCGAGAUAUCUGCUUUCAAUUCAGAAUUUUUUCGCUCAAUAUCAACUUUCUGUUUAAAUUAAAAUUACGUGCUCUAAGAGAAUGAGCAUGCUGAAGUUAAAAUAUGUGCAUGCAUAUUAUUAAUUGGUUGAGAUAUUUCCGCCAGUAGAGUUCCGCGUUAAUCAUGGCGUCGAAAGAAAUUUCUUGCGUCCUUUUCGUCUUUCUCUUUAGUUUGGGAAGUGCUACACACUGCAGUUACCCGAGCGAUUGUGGGUGGAGUAAAACCUGUUGUUCAGACAACGUCUGUAGAGAGAGGUGUUACUAUUGCACGCAUAGUAAUCAAUGUGGUUCGGACGAAGUAUGUUGUAACAACGAAUGCACGUAUUCGUGUGCUUGGGGCGCUGGGUCUAUUGCAGGCGCUAUUAUCGGUACAAUUAUCUUCUUCGCCAUCAUCAUUUCCAUCGUAGCCUGCUUCUACUGUGCUUGUUGCCCGUACUACCGCUAUCGUACACCCGGUGCUGUGGUCGUCACCCAACAGCCUUAUCAACCCUUCGUCUCAACUCAUACCCAUAUGGCGGUGACGCAGCAAGUACAGGCUCCUCCGCCGGUCAACUACAACCAGCCUCCUCCACCUUACCCAAGCUACCCUCCACCUUCAACUCAGCAUCCCCCUCCUCAAGGACAAGCUCAAGCCGGUGCGAUGCCUGCUGUUCUCAGUGCUGCCCAACCGGUGAAGUACUAACCCUUUGUAAGAGACAACCACGUGCGCCCGCUUUUUUAUGAAUGCUUUGAAACAAGAAACUUCAUUCCUAUAAAACCUCAGUUUCGUUGAAAAGCAAAACGAAUAUUGCUGAUUAGUUUUAAGCUAAGUACUGUAACAAUUAGUAGUAAAGUUUCUAGAAUUUGGUCAGAUUUUUCACUGAAAUAGCUUUAAAAAAUUUUGGCAUACCGCAAAUAAUUUAUGGUAAUUAUGGUUCAGCUCUAUUAUCUAAGCUCCUCAUUUGUGUAAUGUGCAAAUUUGUAUUGGCUUGUUGAAUAAUGGCACAUUUUCCGACGCCUCCGCAACCGUGAAAUGACGUUGGGUCACGGAUGGUCAUCACUGCUCGCCAUCGCAGCACAACUCGUGGACAUAGAAUUGUCCUUGUUUCUUUCGUUUUUUUAGGCCUUGACUGCAUUGAAGUCUUUCUGAAAAUGAAACAAGUAAUUCCAUUUUCAUUAGAUAUUUUUUAACUUUUCAUGUGGUGGAAAACCAAAAGUUAUUCUAAAAGAGCGUAAGGUGCCAUUGUUUAAGGGUUUAAUUUGUCACAUAAUCAUAUUUAGGGGCAGAUGACCGUUUAGACUUUUAGCCCCCUACGAACAAUCGCUUCUAGAAUACUCAAAAAAUAUAUGAAAACCGUAUAUAUGAACUUCGUAAUGGGCCUCGCUCAUCAUAAAGUCUCUGCUGCUCAAUAGUAGAGCGCCGGAGCGCGGAAUCCGAAGAUCUGAGUUUCGAUUCCUUAUGGGGUUCAGAAUUUUAUCUUUGUGCCACGCUCGUGACAAGACGAAAAACAUCUUUUUCCAGGAUGAUUCACCAAGCUCUAAGUCGCGAGCUCACUUCACCAUAGCGAUUAUUUUUGAAAUCUAGUGUCAAUCUAAUCUCUUAAAUGCGGUUAAAUUCAUGUCAUUGGAGUUUCAUCAAUCUAUGAUGUUUUUUUUCAUUUAAGCAGUUCAUUUCAGAAUAUCAUAUGUCAUAUUUCUUCUGAUAUUUUCUUGCACAUUACCAAAUGUUUCUCCAUUUGUCAGAAUUAGAGUGACGACUUCAAAAAUUUUUAAUAACAUGACUUAAAUAGUGACACUGAGAAACUACUUUGCGUUAGUUCACAGAAAGUUUAAGUCAUCAAUAGCUGUGUGGUCAUUGGAAGUAUACAGAAGGUGAAAUACAAAGUGAUUAAAUAGCUUUGUAACACACUUCAUUUUAAAACAAUUUGUAAUACUGAAUAUUUGAUAUCUUAAAUAGCUGGUAUAUCUACAAAUACUCAAGUUGACUUUCUGUACCUGGUAAGAGAAAGCAUUCUUAGAAUAUUGUAGAAAAAUAAGCAUCUUGUGCAAAAUAAAGGAUAAGGGCUCGUGGUUUUAGAUUCUUCUGUCAUCAAAUUUUUUCCUUGAUUUAAUUUCUUAAACCUUUUAGGGACGGGCCAUCAUUUUUCUGGAGAGGGGUUGUGAGAAAUCUUGUUCGCAGAGUCGGAAAAGACAAAAUAAAUUAUUAGCAAACGUGAUAGGGUUAAAAAAAAUGUUUAGCAGAGAAAUCAGGUUAGAUAUUAAAAUAUAUUAUCACCAACACUGAAAUGAAAAAUAAAAGUAACAAAUUGAAGCAUUGGUAUAAAAAUUGACACAAUUUGGGCACUAAAAAGUGAUCACUCUAUUUUAAGAGCUGAACAUUUCUUGAAAAAAUGGGAAUUUAUCGUGGCAAUUAAAAAGUUUUUAAAAAAAAUUGUUUGCACGAAGAUGUUGGAAAAAAAAUGUUUGCGGAGACGUAUAUGUUAAAAAAAUAAAUUUUGCGGAAGAAUAUCUCCCAUGCUCCCAUUCCAGAAAAAUAAUGGUCCGUCCGUUACUCCCAAGAUUUCAUUAGUAAUUCUCCUUACUGCCUGUCAAAAGAUUCUCAUUGUGUUAGCUUGGAGAUUUUGAUAUCGGAUCAAUUAGUAAUCCCAUAAUUUAUUGAUAUUUUUCUAUAUUCUCAUCACUUGUCUGCAUGAUAUUGCAUAGAUAUAGUAAGGAGAAAUUCUGUCUUGGUCACUCACAGGAGUUAAAGGGUGAAUGCCAAUACCAUUCACUCCUCCAACCCCACACCUCUCCUCAUUUUUGACCGUCGACCGGAAACCGUAAAAUAAAUGUCUUUUUCUCCCAGCCUUCCGUUGCCAUUAAAAUCAAAGAUGGCAGCCAUAAUUUUCGUUAAGAAAAUACUGAGCACUCGCUCGCCAAAAUUAUGCCUGCCCUUCAGGCUUGGGAAAUGAAAGCUUCCGCUCUUCCCUGUCUUCUCAAAGAGAAAUUUAGACCACAACAGAGAGAGCAUUAGAAAUCCCACCAAGGAAAAAUUUGAAACAUUUCAAUCAUCACAACCUGUUUUGAAAACAUUCAGAUAAAUAAAGUAUCCUGUGACCAAGAUCUCGUUCUAAAUUCUCUUAACCCAACAUUUCUCAAAUUAACAUCGUGUACUAGUAUUAUAAAAUAUUAUCCUGCAUGUUUACUUUGGAGAGAGUCCCUAGAAAUCUAGAGAAGGCUUUCACGCCUUUCUCCUAUGAUCUGCUUAGCAUUGAUUGCUAAAUGAAUUCUCUAAUGGCUCACUUUCUCGACCGCCAAUUUUUCUUUGAUGCCGGAGUAGUCGGGCUUUUCCCUCAAAAAAUUGUUUCGAGGCUUAAAACUCUCUGUCACGCAAAAUCGAAAGUUUUCACCUAUUCUCUACUAGAUACCUGUCAAUGCCAGUAACCAUUACACGGAGGCCAUCAGGGUCAUAAGAUCUCAUAAUCUUCCCCGUCUUUCUUACGAAUUCAGUGUUGCAUGUAACUUCUUACGAAUUUCGGUUCAGAGCUUCGAAAUACAAGCUCUUUUUUGAAGCCCAAGACUUCCAGACUAUUAGCCAGUGGUUGGUGCAUUGUUGGGUGUUUUUUUUCCUUUACAUUAUUCCUUCAACUAUAAAUUAGAACGUUGGGACGGAGGGUCUCAUUUGGGGUAAACGUUAGCCAAGAGAAUAUUAACCGUUUCUUUUGCCGUUAGUCGUAUAACGGUAGAAUAUUAGCCGUUACGUGUAAAAAUUGAUAGAUUUCAGCCAUGUGUCUCAAAGAAGGUUAACCGAAAAAGUUUUUUCUGUCAAAAAGAACAUAAAUAAAUUUUAACCGUUAACCUUAAAAGCCAUCGCCUCAUUGGAACCCUUGUACUUGCCCCUUGCCUGUCCGCCAUUUUGAGUUUCUUGUGCUUUCGCGACUCUCUCAUCAGUCAAUUUUCAUUUUCAACUUUUUGCGCUCAAGAUCAAAUUAAUGCACCGUGCAAAAUUUAAUUGACGUGUUCUAAGCCAAUGAGCAUUCUGAAAUUAAAAUUUGUGCAUGCAUGUUAUUAAUUGGUUGAGGUAUUUCCGCCUGCAAAGUUACGCGUUGAUUAUGGCGUCGAAAGAAUUUUCUUGCGUCAUUUUCGUCUGUCUCUUAAGUUUGGGAAGUGCUAAAUACUGCACUUACUCGAGCAGUUGCGGUUGGAGUGAAACCUGUUGUUCAGAUAACGUCUGUAGAGACAAUUGUUACUACUGCACGUACAACUAUCAAUGUGGUACAGGCGAAGAAUGUUGUAACAACAAAUGCAAAUCUUCGUGUGUUUGGGGCGCUGGAUCUAUUGUAGGCGCUGUUAUCAGUACAAUAAUCUUCUUCGCCAUCAUCAUUUCCAUUGCAUCCUGCUGCUGCUGUGCUUGUUGCCCGUACUACCGCUAUCGUACACCCGGUGCUGUGGUCGUCACCCCACAGCCUUAUCAACCGUACGUAUCAAAUCAUGGCUAUAUGACGACGAUGCAGCAAGUACAAAUUCCUCCGCCGGUCAACUACAAUCAGCCACUUCCAGGUUACAUCCAGCCUCCUUCGGGACACAAUCAGCCUCCUCCACCUUACCCAGGCCACUUACCGCCUUUAACUCAGCAUCCCCCCCCACAAGGAGAAACUCAAUCCGGAGCGAUGCCUGUUGCUGUCAGUGCUGCCCAACCGGUAAGGAACUAA